GGCGCAGUCUAGCGAUGUUUCUGCGGUGAAGGGCCGAACGUCAAGCCAGAAUCACCCCCCAGCACAGCGCCGGCUCUGCAGAGCUGACGGGCGGGUGGUCUCGGUGGAGCCCGAACCCCGCGGCCCCCCGACGUUCCCCCCGGCUGAUUCCGCUGCUCCUGCCCCGCAGAUGAACCGCUCCACCUUCAGCAGGAUCCAGGAGAACGGGGACAACAGGAGCCAGGCGCCCGAGCGCGGCCGCGCCGCCGUGGUCUUCUCGCUGAAGAAUGAGGUGGGAGGGCUGGUGAAGGCGCUCAAACUCUUCCAGGUACAGGAGAAGCACGUCAACCUGGUUCACAUCGAGUCCCGGAAGUCGAAGCGGCGCAGCUCGGAGUUCGAGAUCUUCGUGGACUGCGACAGCAACCGCGAGCAGCUGAACGAGAUCAUCCAGCUGCUGCGGGCACACGUCAGCGCCGUGUCCGCCGGCCCGCCCGACAACUCCUGCCUGCCGGACCACGCCAGGAGAGCCCUUCGCAGGACAGCAGCCACUGACUGGCUAACUGUGUGGUUUCCUCUUGCUGAAGACAUGGAGAACGUGCCCUGGUUUCCCAAGAAAAUCUCGGACCUGGAUAAGUGUGCCAACAGGGUGCUGAUGUACGGCUCCGAUCUAGACGCCGACCACCCGGGCUUCAAAGACAACGUCUACCGCAAGAGGAGGAAGUACUUUGCGGACUUGGCAAUGAGCUACAAGCAUGGGGACCCCAUCCCCCGUAUCGAGUUCACAGAGGAGGAGGUGAAGACCUGGGGGACGGUGUACAGGGAGCUCAACAAGCUGUACCCCACGCAUGCCUGCCGCGAGUACCUCAAGAACCUGCCCCUGCUCUCCCAGUACUGCGACUGCCGCGAGGAUAACAUCCCCCAGCUGGAGGACGUCUCCCGGUUCCUCCGGGAACGCACAGGGUUCACUAUCCGACCAGUGGCAGGAUACCUGUCCCCCAGAGAUUUCCUCGCUGGCCUAGCCUUUCGGGUUUUCCACUGUACCCAGUACGUGCGGCACAGCUCUGAUCCUCUCUACACACCUGAACCAGACACGUGCCACGAGCUGCUGGGCCACGUGCCCCUGCUGGCGGAGCCCAGUUUCGCGCAGUUCUCGCAGGAGAUCGGCCUGGCGUCGCUCGGGGCCUCGGACGACGCUGUGCAGAAACUGGCCACGUGCUACUUCUUCACGGUGGAGUUCGGGCUGUGCAAGCAGGAGGGCAAGCUGAGGGCGUACGGAGCGGGCCUGCUGUCCUCCAUCAGCGAGCUCAAGCAUGCCCUCUCCGGGAACUCCAAGAUCAUGCCCUUCGACCCCAAGGUCACGUGCAAGCAGGAGUGCAUCAUCACCACAUUCCAGGACGUGUACUUCGUGUCCGAGAGCUUCGAGGAGGCCAAGCUCAAGAUGAGGGAGUUUGCGAAGACCAUCCGGCGCCCCUUCACAGUGCGCUACAACCCCUACACCCAGAGCGUGGACGUGCUGGGGGACACCACCAGCAUCAACAGGGUGGUGGAGGAGCUGCGGCACGACCUCGACAUCGUGGGCGACGCCCUCAGCCGGCUCAACAAGCACCUGGGGGUCUGACGCCCCUCCCCACGCAUGGCCCUGGCCCCCCCCAGUGGCAGGAUAGAUACCCACACCCUCCGCACCCUUGACUGAGCCGGCAUUGACUGUGCACCUCUUUCUCCUUCUCUCCUUCUCCCUCUCUCUCUCUCUGUCCUGGGCUAUGGGCUGAAGCUAUUCCGUGAAGUAUGAUCUGUAUGAUGUAGAUGGUAUAUAGAUAUGUGGUAUAUAUAAUAUACAUGUCAUAUAUGAGAUAUAUAUGGUACAUUUGAUAUAUAUUGUAUGUACAGCACAUAUAUGGUGUAUAUUCUAUAUAUACCAUGCUAUACGACUCUGACAGCACCUUCUCCGCUCCUCUCUCAGAUCAACCUCCCGCCCCCUUCCCAUGAGUCUCUCCCUCCUUCCCUCCCGCUGCCUCGAACCCGUUUCUCUCUCCCCGCCGCCCUGCGUCUGCAAGAGCCAAAGAAUUCUGGGUGUUUCUUGGCUGCUAUACAGGAGUAUCAGGUCUUGUUUGUUUGUUUAUUUAUUGAUUGACUGAUUGUAUAGUUUCUUUUAUCUGCUAUUGAUUUCCUGGGGUAGAAGCGUGUGUUGUAGUUUUGCCAAUGCAAAGAGAACAUUAAUAGUUGCAUUAAUAGUGCAAAAACACAAUCAAUCAAUGAUCGUAAUAUUAUCAACACUCUGCCACCCAUCUAUUAAGAACUGCGAUGACAUUAAAGAUGAAAAUGAUGAAAAAGCAAAAGUCUAAGAGUCUUUGUCU